ACAUGUCCAGAUGGCAGACCCCACGGCGUGGAUCGGCAUUCCAGCAUAGCGAGAAUCCAAUCGUCCUCCACCUUUAGAGGGUCCAUCUUACACACCAAAGAGGAUAAAACAAGCGAAUUUCAAGAAUCCGACACUCCGAGAUCAUCACCAGCCGUAACCACGUGGUGGGGCCGCUGCACGCCACGCUUACCGGGGGUACACGAAGGGGUAGCCGUGCCGCGGCCGUGCAUACGUUCUCGCCGUAAGAUCGCCUUGUGGGAGUGGACCCUCCACUACAUGGGAUAUAGUGAAAAGACAUGUUGGAAAUGCGGCACUGUGGCGUCUGUUCAAUCCGAGUGGCACAUGGGACUGACAUCGCAAGUCCCCAAAACACAUCUCUCUAUUCUCCUCGUCCUCCCCCAAAAAAACCACUUCUAUUUCAGAGACAAUCUCUUGAACAGACCUAUUGCUUUGAAGCGUGUUACAUAGUCAUGCUGUCUGUGUAACCCAUGUACAAGAAGUGUCGUGGCUGUGUUGGCGUGAAACUUGUUGGAUGCUGGCUAUUUUAGCUUUGGCUCCCAUACAUACCCAACACCAUACAACAGGAUUCUCACGGCUCCGCCUUGCAGAGCCAGCUUUUGGAAAUGCCAUGUUUCAUCGUCAAUCACUAUAUACCAUCACACAAACAGCAGGGGAUGACCUGCAGUCAACAAUACCAAUUUUGUGUAUAGUCUCGACCUCUCUUCGUGUCUGAUCCAAAAUACAACAGUCUGUUACAUUCUCUUAUUGUAUCGUCAACUUGAAGACUGAUCUUGCCACAAAAUAAGGGGAAACACUGGGAUUGAGUGUACCAUGAGCCUAUACCAAGUGCAUAGUCCGAGACCAGGAGUUUGAAAUGAGCCGCAUCACCUCCGGCAUUCCGGGCAUGUAAAUCCCUUUCUCCUUCUUCACGGCCCUUCCCUCGUCAGCAUGGCAAUCUUUGGUUUUGUGCCUUGACCACUUGUGUUUUCUGCGUGCAUCAUAUAUAAGCAGCACUCAUAAGUUAGCAACUCCCUGGAUAUACCUUCAAACUCCAGACUCAAAGCCAAUGCGUAUCAAAAGAUAUGGUGAACUCUGCCCAACUCCUUGUCCGAGAUGAUCAUGAUGUUGAUCAUACCCUUGUGAAUGUAUGUAAUCAUCGCUACGCUGGAACAAAAGCGCAAAUCCCGUGUGUGAUGAUAAAAUGAGCUGUGAUUAGACGGGCAGUUGAAUCAACGUUAUCCAUGACAGGAUUUGUUCAGCUCAUUCCAUAGUUGAAAAAGUCGUUCCGCAAAAAAACUUCAUAUUUCAUCCGCAAAGAAGCUGAUUGGUGAAGACUGCAUAUGUGAGAAGUAGAAGAACAGAACACUAAGAAUGAAAUAAGUGAGCAGUGCCGGAAGGAGGGGAUGAAAUGGCAGAAAUAUGUGGUGUUGUGCCAUCGCCCAUCAUGAAUGAUUGAUAAGUA